GCCAGUGGCCCGGUACGACUGCGCCAGGACUCCUCGGUCAGCAGGCAGGGGCGGGGGCCAGCUGCGUCACCGCCUGCCCGGGCCCCCCCCCGCCCCCUGCCCGCCCAAACUCCACCCCGAGGGAAGGCGGUGCGGAUAAAGGCUCGGGGGCCGCCCGAUCGGCCCCAGACUGGCCUGGGCACAGCACACAAGGCCUCACGCGUGGGUUCACUCAGAACUCUAGGACACAGGACAGGCCACGCCCGAUCCUGUGAGCCGCGGCUGCGGCGGCUGUUGCUAAGGGAGGGGACGCUCGAGGUAGCGCGACCCGAGCUGUACAGACACAGAGCGCACCCGGCCAAGGCGCCCCCUCCUUCAGGACCCUCCCCGCGCCGAGCCGCAUCCGGGCCGCUCCCCUUCCCUGGUCACUCUUGAAGAAACCUCUAUCGCAGACCGCAACCCGGAGCGCGCCCCAAGGAGCCGACGCGACCGACCCCGGAACGCCUCUCGGAUUCUUUAUUGCUGAUCCGCCUUCCACCACUGGGAUCUUCUCCAGGGUCACGCGUGCUGCCCCCCCCACCCCCGCCCGCCCUCCCCAAGCGCCGGGAGAAAGGACCGCGGAUCCGGGGAGUUCCCGCCCCGGCCCGGUGGACGCGGCGAGGAUUGGCGGCGCCCCGCGGACCCCAGCCCCCCAGCGCGCGCCGGGGAUGGAGCCGCAGCCCGGCGGCGCCCGGAGCUGCCGGCGCGGUGCCCCCGGCGGCGCCUGCGAGCUGGGCCCUGCGGCCGAGGCGGCGCCCAUGAGCCUGGCCAUCCACAGCACGACCGGGACCCGUUACGACCUGUCGGUACCGCCGGACGAGACAGUGGAAGGGCUGCGCAAGCGGCUGUCCCAGCGCCUCAAAGUGCCCAAGGAGCGCCUGGCGCUGCUCCACAAAGACACCCGGCUCAGUUCGGGGAAGCUGCAGGAGUUUGGCGUGGGGGAUGGCAGCAAACUGACUUUGGUGCCCACCGUGGAAGCGGGCCUCAUGUCCCAGGCCUCAAGGCCCGAGCAGUCUGUCAUGCAAGCCCUAGAGAGCCUCACGGAGACCCAGCCCUCAGCGGCGCCUGGGCCAGGCCGGGCUGGCGGAGGCGGCUUCCGGAAAUACAGAUUCAUUUUAUUUAAGCGUCCGUGGCACCGACAGGGACCCCAGAGCCCAGAGAGGGGCGGCGAGAGGCCCCAGGUCAGUGACUUCUUAUCUGGCCGCUCCCCGCUGACCCUGGCUCUUCGAGUCGGGGACCACAUGAUGUUUGUCCAGCUGCAGUUAGCUGCCCAGCAUGCCCCACUGCAACAUCGGCACGUGCUGGCCGCCGCUGCCGCCGCCCGAGGAGACCCCAGCAUCACCACCCCGGUGUCCUCUUCCUGCCGGCCAGUGUCCAGUGCUACCCGUGUUCCCCCAGUGCCCACCAGCCCUCCUGCAUCCCCUUCACCUGUCACAGCUGGCUCCUUCCGAUCCCACGCAGCCUCCACCUGCCCUGAGAUGGAUUGCUCCCCUCCUGCCAGCAGCAGCGUCAGUCCUGGGGCCAGCACCGCGUCCACCCCUGGGGGCAGCCCUACCCCCCGCUCCCGCAAACCCGGCGCUGUCAUAGAGAGCUUCGUGAACCACGCCCCAGGGGUCUUCUCAGGGACCUUCUCUGGCACACUGCACCCCAACUGCCAGGACAGCAGCGGGCGGCCGAGGCGGGACAUCGGCACCAUCCUGCAGAUCCUCAACGACCUUCUGAGCGCCACGCGGCACUACCAGGGCAUGCCCCCCUCGCUGACCCAGCUCCGCUGCCACGCCCAGUGCUCGCCUGCCUCGCCAGCCCCCGACCUCGCCCCCAAAACUACCUCCUGCGAGAAGCUGGCGGCAGUGCCUCCGGCCUCCCUGCUACAGGGCCAGAGCCAAAUCCGCAUGUGCAAGCCCCCUGGGGACCGCCUCCGGCAGACAGAGAACAGAGCCACGCGCUGCAAGGUGGAGCGGCUGCAGCUCUUGCUGCAGCAGAAGCGGCUGCGCAGAAAGGCCCGCCGGGAUGCCCGCGGCCCCUACCACUGGCCACCAACCCGCAAGGCUGGCCGCAGUGACAGCAGCAGCAGCGCGGGAGGCGGCAGCCCCGGGGAGGCCGCGGGCCUGGGCCUCGACUUUGAGGACUCGGUGUGGAAGCCGGAGGUCAACCCCGACAUCCAGUCAGAGUUCGUGGUGGCCUAGGACACCCAGGGCCUUCCGCGCAGCGCCGGAGGCCAGCGCCACCUCCAGCCCACCGCCAGCCUCCUUUUUCACAGCCUCACUCUGAUCGCACCUCCCCUCUCCUCUGAGCCCACCUCUUCCUCCUUCCCCUCCCAGCCUCUCUGCGGGUCCUCCCCUCCCACCUUCCCCAGCUCCAAAUCUGUAGCGGCCUUUCCAGAUGGCUGAGAGCGGGAGAUGAGGAAGCCGCCCCCACCCCUUCCGCUCUGCCUUCCUCCCCUCCCACCCCCAACUCCCCCCACCCUAUUCAGGUUUAAGUCAAAAAAAAAGUAGAUGCCUCAUUAUGCACUUUACAGAUGAGGGGCGGGGGCUGUGGAGAGGAGAGUCCAUCCCACCUCCACUGCAAACCUUGGCCUCUACCCUGGGCCAGCAGGACCCAGACAGACGGGACCCAGUGUCACCCAGGGAGUGAAGCCACAGGGGACUGUCUUCUCUUCCACCUCUGCCCUUUUCCUCUUGGUCUUUUUCCAUGUGAAGCUGAUUCAGCAUGGGUCUGGCCAGGGGCUACUUUGGGUUUAGCAGGGGCCUUGGGACCCUUUCCUGGCUGGAAAGGAGACAGGGAAGCACCUGCCACCAGCCCUCUCCAGUCACUGGCCACAGCUCUGCUGUUCUGCCCCCACCCCUAUUUCCCUGACCUCCCGCCUGAGCUUGGGGACUAUUUAUAGACUAUUAAUUUUCUGACUGAGCCAAUAGUGGUUGGGACUCUUGAAGAACUGGGAGAGAUUGUGGUGGGUGGGGGGCACCCCCACUCCUUCCUUCCAGCCCAACCUGAGGGAUGUGGGACUGUGGACUGCUGGGGCCUCCCCUGCCCCAGCAUGGGGAGGGGGUGCUGAGCUGUGAAUGCCCUGACAAGGGCGAGUGUAGCAUUAACCCCCUGGGGGGUCCGCUGCUGGCCUACUUUGGACCCUCCCCACUCAGCGCCCAUGCCCUGAGGGUCUUUGGCCCUAGGGACAGAGGGAGAGCCCCCUUGCUGGGGCCCUUUCAACGGGGUGGAUUUGUUUUUGUUUCCUCCACUUUUUAUUUUUUUAAUGCUUGCCGGUGUUUGGGCCGUGCUGCCCACCGGUUGGUCUCGUCCUGGCCCGCCUGUUCCCCCUUGGUCCUUGUAGGUGAGAUCCCAGGUCCUUGCCCCUUCCCGUGUUCAAAGUUAAUGGUUUCAGAUGUGAACAUCACGUGUUAACUGUAGCUGUAAAUUUUUUUGUGUGUGGGGGGUGGGUAGGGAGGGGUCCCAGAGGGUAGAGGUCAAGGAUUUGGUUUGUUUUUAUUUUUGUUUUUUUCCAAAAAAAGAAAAAAGAAAAAAAGAGGAGAAGGGAGGGGUACAUUUGUUUUUUUGAAGAACUGUCUUGGAUACCUAUUUAAAUGUGUGUUCUGUUUUGUUUUUUAACAAUUUUUAAAUAACG